AUGUCUGUGUGUACAACAAACAUAUACUGCAACAAAAUAAAUCACAUUAAGAGAAGAAUCUCUGCUCCUGUGCCCCCAUUCAAAAUUGGAAAGCCAGCACUCAUAUAUCAAAAAAAGACAGCUGAAGCAAUCUUAUGCACUCUGUUUAAGUGCUCUGUUAUGGCAAUGAUGUAUCAUAAGCACAUUACAGUCAAUGCCAACAAUAUAAAGCUUGUUCUUGACAUUAGUGCCAAAAUUAGAUCAAACUCUUUCAGCUCAAUUGAUGUAUCUGAUCAUCCCAUCUCUGCUACUACCAUCUGCUGCCUGUGUGCUGCUCCUGCCCCACCAACUACCACUGCCACCACUCCACCACCACCACUACUGCCCACCACUGCCUUUCUGCCUCCCUCCAGCACCAUCAGGGUCUCUGCUCAUCAAAUGGCAGGUAUUAGAGCUCCUGUCUGGUUCACAAAGCUGGUUCUGGAGGAGCAGGAGAAGAAGAAGAAGAAGAAGAAGAAGUGA